CCAUACGGCCUGGAGGAAGUGGGAAGCUUCAGGUGGUUCUGUCAGGGGUCCGCCUUUGCAUCUCCGGCACGGGCCUAGACUCCGAGCCCAACUACCCGACGACAUUCACUUCAUUCACUCGAGUAUCCAAGAGCCGUUGAAAGCAUGAGGUUCUCAACGUUCCAGGCCGCCCUCGGCUCGGCCUCGAUUCUCUUCUCCGCCCAACCAGUCGCUGCGAAUCUGGGCCACCGACAAGCUCAUGCUCAGUAUGCGAGGAGGCACGGCCACGGCCACAGCCACAGCCGCCCAGCAGGGGAACUUGUGGGCGCCCCGAAGGUCGCCAGGAAGGCCACCUGCACGUUGCCCGACGAUCCGGACCUGGUGCACAUCCCCGGAGCCGCUAAUAACGGCUUCGCCAUGAGUCCCGAUCAGUCGUGCGAAGAUGGGACCUGGUGCCCGAUUGCCUGCGUGCCAGGGAAGGUGAUGGCGCAGUGGAAGCCGAAUACGAAAUAUACCUAUCCGGAGUCCAUGGAUGGCGGACUUUAUUGCAACGGUGGCACGGCCGAGAAGCCGUUCGAGAACUCUCCGUAUUGCGUUGAUGGCACGGGCACGGUGAAGGCCGUGAACAAGGCUGGAAGCGUCGUCGCGUUUUGCCAGACGGUUCUGCCGGGCAACGAGGCCAUGCUCAUCCCGACCGAGGUCACAGACACAGUCACCCUGGCUGUACCCGGGCCCGAUUACUGGGCCGGGACUGCUGCUCACUACUACAUCAACCCGCCCGGGACAUCAACCUCCAAGGGCUGCGUAUGGGGGACUCCCAGCGAGCCGGUCGGGAACUGGAGUCCCUACGUCGCAGGCGCCAACACGCUGGCCAGCGGCGAGACGUUCGUGAAGAUCGCGUGGAACCCGGAGUUCCUGGGCGAGGCGCUUGCAAAGACCACACCAACCUUCGGCCUCAAGAUCGAGUGCCCCGACGGCGGCUGCAACGGCCUGCCGUGCACGAUCGAUCCGUCCAAGGGCGGCGUCGGCGGCCUCGACAGCCCGGACGCCGCCACGGGCGUCGGCAACGCCGCCUUCUGCGUCGUCACCGUCCCCAAGGGCGGCACCGCCAACAUCGUCGUCUUCAACACGGACGGCUCGCAGGGCAGCGCGCCGCCCUCCUCCUCCAAGGCGCCCGAGAAGCCCACCACCAGCGCCGCCAAACCCACCACCCACCCGCCCUCAACCUCCUCCGCGCCUCCCACCACCUCCACCACCACCUCCUCCUCGACAACGGUCUCGUCGGCCCCGUCGUCGAGCUCGUCCGAUAUCUUCGUCGGCGGCGUGUUCCAGGAGCAGACGGCGCAGGGCCAGUCGACGCACUACCCGGCGCCGAACAACGCGACGGCCUCCGCGGCGGGCGCGGGGUCCGGGGCCGCGAGCGCGAGCCCGACCGCGGACGCCGUCUCGCCCGUCUCGGCCACGCCGACCAACGAGGGCGCCGCCGCCGAGGGCGGCUCCGCCAUCGCCGGCUUGGUCGUCGCGCUCAUCGCUGCUGCUGCGCUGUUCUGAUCGGGUCUGAACAAUUCACGAACUCGGUUCCGAUGCGCUCACGGAGAUUGUUUGUCUUCUUGUUCGCUACGGGGACUGGCCCGUUCUUGGUUUCUUCUUCUUUUCGGUUGAUAUAGACGCCGUUAUCCCGCCACUUUCGACCUUGCUAGUGUUUAUUUUUUAGUGCUUCAGCUUACGACGCCAGUUGUUGGCGCCGACGCCGGUCCUUGAGGCCGCGCAGUGUUCUUUUCGCCUUCGAUUCUCUGGCGGCCGUUUUGUCUGCGCUUCGGCCAACGCUUGUUGUUGAAACUUCGCGAUAUACCCCAUUUGAGCUUCGUUUCUGGAUAUUAUUUUUUGGGGGGAGGGAGGGGAAACCGCGGUCUUGAGUGGCUGUGGAUUUGGGAUGGUGGA